CUGUUUGACAGCGCCAACUCAGUGGGGUGUGUGUGUGUGUGUGCGUGUGUUUGUCUGCCUUUCACUCAGGGGCCCGUGUCAACAGCAGAGGGAAGAAGAAGACACGUAGAGGAGGAAAUCAGAAAAUAUCGCUGCAGCAGACAUGGACCUGCGGUCUGAGCUGCUCAAGUCCAUCUGGUACGGGUUUACAGCCCUGGAUCUGGAGAAGAGUGGGAAGGUGUCAAAGUCCCAGCUGAAGGUUUUGUCUCACAACCUGUGCACAGUCUUGAGUAUCCCACAUGACCCAGUCGCUUUAGAGGAGCACUUCAGGGAUGACGAUGAUGGCCCAGUUUCCAGUCAGGGUUACAUGCCUUACCUCAACAAAUAUAUCCUGGAUAAGGUUGUGGAGGGAUCUUUUGAAAAGGAAAACGUAGACGAGCUCUGUUGGACACUCACAGCAAAGAAAAACUACCAGCCAAAUAGAAGCAGCAGCUCUGUUCUACCUGACAAGGAUGCUUUUCGACUCUGGUGCCUUUUUAAUUUUCUCUCUGAGGACAAGUACCCCUUGGUUAUGGUUCCUGAUGAGGUGGAAUACCUCCUCAAGAAGAUAUGCAUGGCUAUGAGUAUUGAGUUCAAUUGUGUUGAGAUAGAGGACUUCUUCUCCCAGGACUCUGUACAGCAGAGCGGCAUUACUGUCUGGAUUUUUCUAGAGUUGAUGAACUCUGGAAAAAUAACCAAAGGAAUUGAAAAGAGCAUUAUCAGCAUGGCCAUAGAGGAAGUAUACAGGGAGAUAGUUGGUGAUGUUCUCAAAGAGGGUUAUCUGUGGAAGAAAGGUCAGCUGAGGAGGAACUGGAAGGAGCGCUGGUUCACCUUAAGGCCCAGCAACUUGUACUACUAUACUGGGGAGGAUCGCAAGGACUGCCAAGGAAACAUAGCCCUGGAUGGGAACUGUUGCGUGGAGGUGUUGCCAGACCGAGAUGGAAAGAGGUGCAUGUUUUGUCUGAAAACUCUUUCCAAGACUUAUGAAAUGAGCGCCACGGACACCAAACAGAGACAGGAGUGGACUUCAGCCAUUCAAACAGCCAUCAGGCUGCAUGUGGAGGGUAAGAAGUCUCUCCAUAAAGAUCUGAAGCUGAAGAGACGGGAACAGCGAGACCAGCGGGAAAAAAGACGACAGGCCAAAGAAGAGGAGCUACAGAGGCUUCGGGCCUUGCAAGAAGAACGGGAGCGCAAGCUGGCGGAGCUGGAGCUCUUGAAGGAGGCACAGAAACAGGCUCAGGUGCUCUUGGAGCAGGAUGAACAGAGGAGGCGACAACAGCAUGAACAGCUCCAGCGUGCCCUGGAGAUUCAGCUUCGUGAGGCUGAGGAGGCCCGGGUCAGCAUGCAGGCAGAGAUGGCUCUAAAGGAGGAAGAAGCAGAGAGGCAGAGGAAGAGGAUUCAUGAGCUAGAGGAGAUGCAGAAGCGUUUAGAGGAGGCACUGCAGCAAGAGAUUAAAGCCAGACUGGAUGAAGAGGCCUUCCGCUACGCUCAAGCAGGGUUACUAGCUGAGGAAGAGGAGAAAAUGAAAGCCCUGAUGGCCUUGCAGGAGGAGCAGGAGGAGUACAUCCUAAAGACACAGAGGGAGAAGCAGGAGCUGAAGCAGGAAAUGGAGGCAAAAUCUCGCUCUCUUGAGGAGGCGCAGAGGCAGCUGGAAGAGGUCCGAGCCAACCGGCACAGAGUUGACCAGGAUGUUGUGGCUGCCCAAAGAAAGCUUCGCCAGGCAAGCACCAAUGUCAAACACUGGAACGUCCAGAUGAACAGACUGAUGAGGCCGAUUGGACCAGGCGAGAAAAGACCAUCUCUGGGAAGCUCUUUCUCAAGCUUCCAGAUCCCAGCACAGAGAGACCCUGGGCUUCGUCUCAGAAGGCGAUCAGGGUCAGAGGAUCAGGAUGAGGAGAGCAAAGAAAAUGUCGACAAAAGAGCUGGGUGUGAUAUAGAGAAACGUCACUCGCAUGCCUCUAACGGAGGCAUGGAUAUCCCCUAAAACAUGAAUCAGAGAGGUCACUUGAUUUACAACUAGUGACGUUUUCUGACAGGAAGGAUAUGGUUGUCUGUUGUCUGAUGUGUGAACUUAUGAAAGCCAUGGGACAUCUGGACAUAAAACAGAACUUACUGUGCUACCAUUUUUAAUAAUGUUGAAUUUACUGACUUCAUAUCGAAAGACAGCAGUGAGAAUUCCCACUUUUCAGCAAACUGCUCUUUUAUCUGCACCUCGCAUAAGACCUGUAAUGAAUAAAAAUAAUACCUCAGUGCAAAGAAAAGAGCUAGAAGAAAGACUUGAUGGUAAGUUAGCAUGUUUAAAAAGAAAUACAUUCAUAUAGUGUGUGAAGGAAGCUCCUUUUGUUUGGCUUUGUAAUUUGAAAAGAUACCCAUGUUUGGGGAUGGAGGGAGGUAACUUUUGAUUCAGAGAGAUGAUUCGGUAUUGGUUUUUACCACCAUUUUGCUCCUGAAAACAGGAAAGAGACUGAGAGGGGAGGGGAGAGAACUUCCUGUUUCUAAUGUGACAUAACAUUAUUGUAAAUAAAAAAGUGACUUGAUGCAGUAAACAGA